AAAAAAAUUUGUACUAAGAUUUUAUCGUUCUUCAUUCAUGUUAAAUAAGUAAUAGCUAAACUAAUUAUGCAACUAAUAAGAUGUUCAAUAUAUGUGCAUGGUAGGUUCGAUGACGAACGAUAGAUACAUGCACUAGAAGCGCAAAUGAAAAGUCAGCAUUGAAAUAUGGCUACUGAAUAUAGUCGAAGUGUACUGAAAAUAGCUGUGGCUCAAAUAUGUCAGAAUUUAGGAUGGAAUUCAACUCAAGUCACUCCCUUAGAACUUCUGACAGAUGUAAUGGAACGAUAUAUUCUGGAACUAGGAAAUAUUGCACAUCGCUACAGUGAACAGUUUGGUAGAACAGAAGUCAAUCUCGAUGAUGUUGGUUUGGCAUUUCAACAGAUGGGAGUGCGACUGGAUGAACUUACUGAAUAUAUUAGUCAUGUUGAACCAGUUCCCUUUGUCAAGGAAAUUGUGGCUUUUCCAGUUCCAAAGAAAAGUAAUUUACAGUUUCCUAACCCAAGGAGCCGUGAAAUAUUACAACAUCGCGAGGAACACAUUCCUGCGUAUUUACCUCACAUGUUUCCUGGUGGAAAAGAUGAUGUUGAUGAGCCUCUGUCAUCAGAGGUGGUUGGACUCGCUCCAGAAUUUGCAUCACCUAUGGAUGUGAGUCCAGCUGCUGCUGAAAGUCGUUCAACUACAACAUCAGCUGAAGGUCCACCUAAUAAACGUCCAAGAAUAAGUAGUGCAUCACUUCCACCAGAAGCUGAUCCAUCCCAGUAUGAAAUGCUGAGUGUUUCCAUGUCUCAAGAAGGGGAACUAACACCUAAAAGACAAGGAAAAUUACCAGAUAAUCGCACACCACCAGCUGGAUUUAAACAGGCUUUGUUCCGGGACCCCCAGCCAUCGCCUAAAGACCAGUUAAAAGAUAAAGUGAAAGAGAAAUAUUCAGAGAGUGAGAAAGAAAAAUCGGACAUAGAUGUUGUAUAUGAAUCUGACAAUAAAUCAAAUAAUCAUUCAAGCAUAUCAGAAAAAAAGAAAAAAUCUUCAUCAAAAGAUUCAAUAAAAUCUAAAAAGUUUAAAUCGAAACCUAAAUUAAGUAAAAAUGAUGGAAAGAAAAGUGUUAGUGGAAGCAAAGUUAGUGAGAGUUCCUCUAAGGAUGGUAAAAAGAUCUUGAGUGAUAAAAAGAAGAAAAAGAAAGUGAUCAGUAUUGAUAAGUUGGGAAAUGUAUAUGGUGCAGAUGGUAAACCUAUCAAAAUCAAUAAAAAUAAAAAUUUCAAGAAAGAUAGCAAGACUGAAAAGGAAACUAAAGAAGCAAUUAAGCAGUCUAUGCCUUUGCCACCAGAAAAAGCUUUGACUGACGAACUUCUUCUUUCACUACCUAAUCCAGAUGAAGAAUCAUCCAAUUCACGCGGUGAUUCUCCUGAACGUUUGGUAAUUGCAUCCGAAUCUGAUAUGAAAGAAAAACAAAAAUCUGCUCGAUUGGCUACUGUAGAUGAUUGCAUUGAUGAAGUUAUUCGUCAGUCUGUUGUAGAAGUUGAAAGCAAAGAAAUCAAGUCCUCACCUGACCAUAAAGAGACAUCAACAGGUGACCCUGACAAACCCAAAUCACAUGAUCUUGCUGACAUGGAUGAUACUAUAAAUUCUGUCAUUAGACAAACUUCAGAAGAUAAUGACACAUCAUCAGUAGAAAUAAAACUUGAACUAGAUUCAGAACCACAAUCAUCAUCAGCUACUCCAAAAUCUCCAACCGCAGAACAUGAUAAACUAAAGAAAAAACGUAAACUGAAAAAUGGAAAAUCUAAAGAUAAGGGAGUCAGAGAAAAACUGAAAAAGAAACUCAUCUCUAAAUCUCAAAAGCCCGAAAUAAAGAAACAGGUUAUUCCAAAAUUGCCUGACAAAUAUUUAACUGAUGCAAUGAAAGUGUUUGCUUUUAGUGAUAGUCCAGAACGCCCUGAACCAGAAAUAAAACAAGAACCUGUAGAUACCAUUGUAAAUGAACCUUCUGCUCCCCCAUCUCCUUCACCACCUCCCAUUCCUACUCCAGUAGUACCUAUUGAAGUUAAGACUGAAGCAGUUCCUGACAGCCCCAAACCAAAGGUAGAGCUUCGAGAAGAUGCUUCUGUUCCCACAUCAAAGGAUUCAACAGAACAAGCCUCAGCAUCUAUAAAGACUGAAGCUGAGAGUGAAAAGAAACCCAAAGAUAAAGAAAAACAUAAGAGCAAAGAACAUAAAAAGGACAAGAAAGAUAAAAGAGAUAAGGACAAGAAGAAGAAAAAGAAGAAAGAUAAGGAUAGAGAGAAGGACAGAGACAAGGAUAAAGAAAGGUCUGGAGAUAAAGAUGAGAAAAAAGAAAAGAAGAAAGAUAAAUCUAAAUAUGAUAAGGAGAAGAAGCCAAAGGAAAUUAAGGAUGAACCUCCAUCAACACCUACUUUCCCACGGUUAAAAUUAAAUAUAAAACUUGGUGGAACGCCAAUUUCAUCUACUUCAGUUCUAAAUUCUCCAUCAGCUUCUGCUUUAGAAACAUCUAUUGCAUCACCAAAGUUAGAUCCAGGGACUCCAUCUAGACCUUCUAUAAGUUCUCCAUCUAGACCUGAGAUACCUAAACUGGUUAUCAAACCCUUAGCAAAACAAGUUGAAGAACAGAAACAGAGAGAAGAGAAGCAAAAAUUGAAGGAAGAGAAACAGAAGUUGAAAGAGGAAAAACAGAAAAUGAAAGAGGAAAAACAGAAAUUGAAAGAAGAAAAAGAAAAAGAAAAGGAAUUGGAAAAACAACGGGAAAUAGAAAGGGAAAGAGAAAAGGAGAAAGAAAGGGAGCGUGAACGAGAAAAAGAACUUGAAUUAGAACGUGAGAGGAAAAGGAAAAAAGAGGAAGAACAAAAAGAAAUUGAGAGACUGAAAGAAUUAGAGUUAAAAAAACAAAAAGAAUUGGAAUUGAAACUUCAGAAAGAAGCUGAAUUAGAACUCCAGAGGAAAAAGGCAGAGAAGGAAAGACAGGAAGAGGAAUUAAGAGAGAAACAAAGAAAAGAAAAAGAAAGUUUAAUGAAGAGUAAAAAAAUAGCCAAAGCUGCAAAAAAAUUACUAAAGAAACAACUGACCGAACCCCUACCUCCAAAAGCUGUCAAUCCUCUAGUAAGAUCACGAUCUCGGUCCCCAACUCCUCCCACAGUUCCUGCGUCUCCUGCAUCAUCAAGUCAUUCUUCACCUUCUCGUAGAUCUCCUCCCUCAUCACCAGUAAGAUCACCACCAACAAAAUCUUUGUGUCCAUCCCCCAUAGUUCUGCCAAAAACAUCACCAACAACGCCAGUCAAAACGCCGAGCAGAGGUAGAGGUCGUCCACCUAAAAAUAAAAACUCUCCUAAAGUUCUGAAACCAUCACCUCGGAGAUAUUCACCACGCACAAAGUCUCCAGAAUCUCCAGGCCAUAGUGCCAAAACUGGAACACCUGUCUCGCCAGGUUCAGAUGAUAUUGACAGUGGAGUUGUGGCUGAGACUGUAGGAACUUUUGUUGAUGCUGCUGGAAACCAGAUAUGGAUUUGUCCAGCUUGUAAAAUGCAGGAUGAUGGAAGUCCUAUGAUUGGUUGUGAUGGUUGUCCAGAUUGGUAUCAUUGGGUUUGUGUAAAUAUAGUACAAGAACCACCUGAAGAUGAAGAAUGGUUUUGUCCAAGAUGUCGUCAGACUAAAAAAUCAAAACCUAAAAUGAAACGUAAAAGAAAGAAAAAAGUUUAAGAAACAUUAUUGUAGUUAGUGCUUCAUGUAUAUUUAUUGUAUAUAAACCAACAAUGAAAAUUAUUCGGAUUUUAUAUAAAGUAAAUUAU